AUGCACGGGAUAAAAGGAUAUCUGACUGCUAGGCGCUCUUUUAAAAUAAUCCCCAAUCGUUUACCUCUCUGAGUGGUUUUAUUUGGAAGCAUGGCGUCGCUUUCCGCAUUAUUUACACUCCAAAAUGAGCUGGAUUUGGCUCUGGAUGAGGCUACAACGCAACAAGACAAAGAAAAUCUUGUCAACAAUUAUUUGAAAAAAUUAGAGGAGACAGAAGACCUGAAGAUACCCGAUUUCCAGCCAGGCCUGGAAUGGUUGAACACGGAGGGGUGUCUGUCUUUCAACAUAGUGCUGGCUGGUAAAGUAGUGCUGCUCGACUUCUUUACUUACUGCUGCAUCAACUGUAUGCACAUCCUGCCAGACUUACAUGAGCUAGAGAAGAGGCACUCUGUCAAAGAUGGCUUGGUUAUUGUUGGCGUACACUCUGCUAAGUUUCCCAAUGAAAAGGUCUUGGAGAAUGUUCGCAGCGCCGUGCUACGUUACAACAUCUGCCACCCAGUAGUGAACGACAGCGAGGCCACCCUUUGGCAUCAACUGGAGGUGUCCUGCUGGCCCACGCUGGUGCUACUGGGUCCACGUGGCAACCUGCUCUUCUCACUAGUGGGCGAAGGUCACCGCGACAGGUUGAUGCUUUUUACGAACAGUACCCUCCGCUACUAUGCGGAGCAAGGCCUGCUGAAGGCACAUACAGUGGGGAUCAAGCUAUACCGAGACUGCCUGCCACCAAGCAUCUUGUCUUUCCCCGGGAAGGUCGCUGUAGACGACAGCAAGAAGAGACUGGCUAUUGCAGACACCGGCCAUCACCGAAUUCUGCUGGUGUCCUCUACUGGACAGCUGUUAAAGGCCAUAGGAGGGCCUGAAAGUGGGAAACAAGAUGGCGAGCUGUCUGAAGCUUCCUUCAACUCUCCUCAGGGUGUGGCCAUUAAAGGGGACACAAUAUACGUGGCUGACACAGAAAACCACCUGAUCCGAAAGAUCGACCUAUCACAAGGGAGAGUCAGCACUUUAGCUGGAGUCGGUACUCAGGGUACCGACAAAGAGGGUGGAGCCUUGGGACUUCACCAGCCAAUCAGCUCUCCUUGGGAUGUGACGCUAGGCACUGCUGGGGGAGGUCAGGACAACGUGCUGUGGAUAGCCAUGGCAGGGACGCAUCAGAUCUGGGCUUUGUUCCUGGCAGAUGGAAAGUUGCCAAAGGAAGGUGAUGAAACCAAGGCGGGCACAUGUGUGCGUUGGGCAGGUAGCGGCUGCGAAGAGAACCGGAAACAACUCCUACCCGCACAAGGCAAGGCUUUGCCCAGACCCUCGGGAUUGGCCUUGGCUCCACAGGAGCCCUGGAGCUGCCUGUACGUAGCCGACAGUGAAAGCAGCAGCAUCCGCACCCUGGCACUGAAGUACGGAGCUGUCAAGCUGCUGGUCGGUGGAGAGAGAGACCCAAUGAACCUCUUUGCUUUUGGGGACCAAGAUGGGAAGGUUGACGCUAAGCUGCAGCAUCCUCUCGGUGUCAGUUGGGCUCCUGAACACAGUUUGCUGUGUGCUGACUCCUACAACCACAAGAUCAAGGUGGUUGACCCAAAGUCGAAGCAGUGCACCACGUUGGCAGGAACAGGAGACGCUGGAGACACACUGGGUCCUGAAUUCGACCAAUCCUGCUUCAAUGAACCUGGAGGAAUCUGCGUCGGUGCAAGCGGCAAAAUUCUCUACGUGGCCGAUACAAACAAUCACCAAGUCAAAAGUACUGGACCUGACCUCCAAGACCGUUCUCGGUUUCCCAUUUCUGUGGACUGUCCAGACACAGCACCUUCAAGCCAGCUGGCCCUGCCAAAGCCACCCAUUCUGCCUAAAUCAGCUCCCACGAAAGAAAUGCCUCCUCUGGUGGUUUCUGCAGGACAGACAGUCACCAUAUCGCUCACCCUGUCACUUCCAGAAGGAAGCAAGCUCACCAACGAGGCCCCCAGCUGUUGGACUCUUUCUGCUGAGGGUUCCGAGUGGCUGCUGGAGAACCGGUUGAUGACCGGUGACAUCGCGGAUCUGUCACAGCCUCUCUGCAUCUCGACCAAGCUCCCGGCAAUUUCGGGCAUGAAAGACUUAGCCGACACGCCGCGCCUCACUUUGAGUGUUUGGGUGUACUACUGCAAGGAAGCGGGUAGUGCAUGCAUGAUGAAAGCGGCCGCCAUCUCCCAACCGCUUCAGAUAAGUGCCAGCCCCAGUGAGGAAGAGGUCACUGUGGCUUUAUCUCACACCUUUAACAGCUUCUGCCAACUCGCCUGCUCCACACUUAAACUAACUGCAGUCGUUGUUGGUUUGGUGGUACGAAAGGAAAAAAAAAAGCGGAUUAUUUCUGACAGCCUGCAGAUCAAAAUGCAAACAUGGUUUUUGGGGGGAUUUAAUUGUGAACCAGUAGAAGCUGACAUGCACCACAGCUGCUUAUUGACAGGAAUGCAAAGAUUCUGCUGCAAACACAACUGUCCGCCCGAGAAUGUUUAUUCAUGCACACGGCUUCUAUAAGCUGUAUUCUCAGAAUGCGCCAGACUGAUUUUAAGAAACUGCCAGAAUGAGUGAUAUAAUGAACUUUAACUGCACAGCUUUAAACAAACGCCUGAAAUCUGUUCUGAUGUUUUGGUGUGCAGUGACAGCGGUGUCGCUGACUGGAAGAGGAAUGAAUAUCUGUCGUUUAAAAUCAAACAAUAAAGCUUCUAAUUGGCACCAUUUUUCCACCUGUGCCGUUAGAUGUAGGUGGACUUCAAAGACUCCUCUAUAAAUUAUGAUUUCAGCAAAAUCUAUUUUCUUAUCCUUAUGUAAAUAAUGAUACAAAGAGGUCAGCUUUAUUAUAAAGUUUAUCUUUAGCUCAGACAUAAAUGCUAAUAUUGGCUCACUGCCGGUUACUUGGAUACAAAGUUUCAGUCUAAAACUGUGCAGAAAUUUGCAUUAAAAAAAAAUAUAAUUAAUAUAUUAAAUAUGUCUCACUUUUCAGUCGUGUGUCACUCUUUUGUGUUGCUUGGGUUUACAGUUCGCACUUAGAAGUGCCCUUAGCCUCACGGUUCACACUAUUUUUAAAUAUUUGUCUGCACCCGUCACCACAACGCAAAUCGUCUCAAGUGGUUUACAAAGUUUACACUCGCUGAAACAUUGUUUCAUGCCUGUGAGCUUUUUUUAUGACUGCUGUUGUCUAAAUACUGGAUAUUAAGUGCCUGCUGUACACAGAUGAUGCCAAAUGAAUCAUCUCCCAGUGCAUUGUGGGAUUGUUUUAUUCAGACGGAAUAGGUUCCCUAACAACACUUAUAAUCCAACC